UAGAUCGAUGGGAGAAAACUAAGCUUACAAGUUGUUGGGGACGACAUAACGAAAAUUGUCUCGAGGUGAGAAAUGUGGGAGAGGAAUAACGUUCUUUAAGAGACGUCACAGUGGUUAAUUGGAUCGAUAGUUGAAGCCAGUCAACAGCAAGGGUAACUGACACGAUAUUCGCUCUGUGAGAGGCUUCGUUCUGCGUUACAUAAUGGGUGAAAUCAAAGCAGCUUAUAAGAAGUUUACUGCUAAAGAUGACUUUCCCGAUCUUUCUACACAUAACAACUACAUGGCAAAGGCCCUCACGCCAGAGAUUUAUGAAAAGUUGAGAGGACAGGUCACCAAGAAUGGAUUCACCUUGGACGACGUUAUUCAAACUGGUGUGGAUAAUCCAGGUCAUCCAUUCAUAAUGACCGUAGGGUGUGUAGCAGGAGAUGAAGAAUCGUAUGAAGUGUUUGCCGACCUGUUGGAUCCAGUAAUCGAGAUGCGUCAUAACGGCUACAAGAAAACUGACAAGCACAAAACCGACCUCGAUUUCACCAAAAUAAAAGGCGGCAAACUUGAUGAGAACUAUGUAUUAUCGUCACGUGUUCGCACCGGGCGCUCCAUUAAGGGAUUUUCCUUGCCACCACACUGCACACGUGCUGAGCGACGAGGAGUUGAGAAGGCUGUGGUUGACGCCCUGAAUAACCUGGAUGGGGAAUUCAAGGGAAAAUACUAUCCGCUCGACAAAAUGACAGAAGCUGAACAGGAACAACUGAUUGAGGACCACUUCCUGUUUGACAAACCCGUGUCUCCUCUUCUUACGUGUGCUGGAAUGGCACGUGACUGGCCCGAUGCCCGCGGGAUCUGGCACAAUGAAAAGAAAAACUUUUUGGUGUGGAUCAAUGAAGAGGAUCACACUCGGGUGAUUUCCAUGCAGAAAGGAGGAGAUAUGGCCGCUGUGUUUGAACGCUUUUGCACUGGGCUAAAUAAGGUCGAACAACUGAUCAAAGGAGCUGGUCACGGUUUCAUGUGGAGUGAGCAUCUUGGCUAUAUCUUGACCUGCCCAUCAAACCUUGGUACUGGGCUCCGAGGAGGCGUACACCUCAAAAUCCCAGAGUUAAGCAAAGACGAAGAGAGACUGGAUGGCAUCCUGAAGAAAUUGCGUCUCCAGAAGCGCGGCACAGGAGGUGUAGACACGGCUUCAGUGGGAGGAACUUUUGACAUUUCCAAUGCUGAUAGGCUAGGAAAAUCGGAGGUGGAGCAAGUUCAAGCAGUGAUUGACGGAGUCCAGUUGAUGAUUGAAAUGGAGAAAAGAUUGGAGAAAGGUGAAUCGAUUGAUGACUUGAUUCCAAAGUAAACCAAUGAGAUGAUCAUACCAGGAUAUUUUCUUGACUGAUUUCUUAUGGCUGUUCAUUAACAUUUAACUCUGUACAGAACUCAGUUAACAAGACAUAAUGAAGGAUCUCAAAAACUUACAGGAGUAGGUGUCAAGAUUUUCUUGCUUUUUGAUUAUCUACGUCUUAAUAAACACUUAUAACCUUCA